GUUUAGUGUGUGGCGCGUUUGUCAUGCAGUUCGUUUGUCGUACAUUGCAGGUCGAGCAUAAAGAUAUCAUUCACGAUGUAUCGUUUGACUUCCAUGGCAAACGAAUGGCAACGUGCUCCAGUGAUCAGAGUGUGAAGGUGUGGGAUUUAGACGAUCAAAAACAAUGGCACAGCACUGCAAACUGGAAGACUCACUCUGGUUCAGUUUGGAGAGUAACGUGGGCUCAUCCUGAGUAUGGUCAGUUACUAGCAACAUGUUCAUUUGACAGAACAGCUGCCAUCUGGGAAGAACAAGUGCGUGAAUCUAAACCAUCCCUUCGAGAGCAGAGCCACUGGGUGAAGAAGGCAUCUCUAGUAGACAGUCGAACAUCUGUUACUGAUGUCAAAUUUGCUCCCAGACACCUUGGUUUGAUGAUAGCUACCUGCUCGGCUGAUGGAGUUGUACGAAUAUAUGAGGCAAUCGAUGUUAUGAAUCUGAGUCAAUGGUCUCUUACUCAUGAGGUGCCUUGUAAGACAACGUGUAGCUGUAUUUCAUGGAACCCAUCUAGGAGCUUUCCUCCUAUGAUUGCUGUAGGUAGCGAUGAUACUGCUGUUAGCACUCUGGGACAGGUUCAUGUGUUUGAGUAUAGUGAGAGUCAGAGAAAAUGGAAUAGAAUAGAGAAACUGACUACAAUAUCAGAGCCUGUUCAUGACAUUGCCUUUGCCCCAAAUAUGGGAAGGUCAUACCACAUGCUAGCAGUGGCAUCGAAGGAUGUGAGGAUAGUAACUAUGAGACCAACAGAACAUGAUGCACUUGGCCAUACUAAGCUGGAACUAAGACAACCAGCUCAAUUCGAUGAGCAUACAACACAAGUGUGGCGUGUACGAUGGAAUGUGACUGGAACAGUUUUGGCAUCAUCAGGAGAUGAUGGCUGCGUAAGACUCUGGAGGGCAAACUACUUAGAAAAUUGGAAGUGCACAGCUGUACUGAAGGGAGAUGCCCAUGUUGUGUCACCACUGGCAACACGCCCGUCCCUCACAACAUCAACACUAGGUUCUGCAUCUGCAUCUGCAUCUGCAUCUGCAUCAACAAACCCACAGUGGUAGGUCAGCCACUUGAUGAGGACAUGUUUCAACGAGACAGUGUUACUCUUACUAUAGGAUUUAGUAGGAAACCGAUUCAAUUGUAAGAGAUAAAGUUUGACCUAUUCCAUUAGGCGGUAUUUUAGUGAAAGAUUGUCAAACACUAGAGCACACAGUCUGGCUGUAUACAAGCGAAUAGUUCCAUUGCAAACUAAACUACAAAUUUGGGUUGCGCAUGACAUUUGAAUUGCAGUCUAGUAUGUGAUGCACUUCCUUGUGGAUAUUUACAAGGGUGUUUUUGCUUUACUGUACUGCAGCUGUGUAGUUUGCAAGUAUUCUGAGGUGUC